AUCCUAUGCAACUUCUUUUUUAAAAAAAAACGGAAGAUGAUAACAUAAUAAGACAAAAGUAUUUAGAUGAUGAGAGAACUUGGCAGAGUCAUGAGAAGAAGAAAAAAAAUCUUAAAAGUACUAUAGGAGUAUGUAUGGUAUAUGUUUGUGUGGCCUUUGAAGGGACAACAACGAAGAGAAAAAAAAUUCUCUAUCUCUAAAAAUGGGAGGAACAAAUCAAAGAAGAAUUCAGGGGUAGUAGAAAGUGCAGAGAUUAGGCCUCUAUUUAUAGUGGAGAGCCUUGGUAUGGAUACAAAUACAAGUGGGAAGUACUGUACAUAAUUGAUACUCAUCAAUGAGUGUCUUAAUCUACUAUUCUAGAAAUUAAUCCUGAUUAAUUGAAUAAAUGAACAAUCAUUAAUUUCAUAACAUUAUUCAAAUCUAUGAAAACAAAAUUUCUCAUAAUUGAAAAUGAGUAUUCGGCGUUAUCCAAACUUUGUUUUAAAUUUGACCGAUUGGAGUAGGACCAUGCUACACUUACACCAACAAAUAUACCCCAUUUGUACACCACAGGUUUGCACAAACAUUUCGAUGGUUUACACCGACACAAGUGUUGGUGCGUUAAUAAAAAUUCACACGAACACAAAUGUUGGUGCGUUUAACAAAAAUUAGUUUUACACCAACACAAAAUGUUAGUGCAAAACUGCGGGGUACAAAUUGGGGUACAAAUCUUGGGGUACACAUAGCAUAAUCCAUCGGAGUAUCAAUUUAGGACCAUGCUACACUUACACCAAAAAAUAUACCCCAUUUGUACACCACAAGCUUGCACAAACAUUUCGAUGGUUUACACCGACACAAGUAUUAGUGCGUUAAUAAAUAUUCACACGGACACAAAUGUUGGUGCGUUUAACAAAAAUUAGUUUUACACCAACACAAAGUGUUUAUGCAAAACUGCGGGGUACAAACCUUGGGGUACACAUAGCAUAAUCCAUCAAUUUAUAAUCAACCACUUGCCACUUUUCAACCAAGAAUCUAGAGAGAGAGAGAGAGAGGGAGGGGAUAUGGCGUUGAGGCGUGCAGCUGCAAAUGGGCUUCUUCUUCAGGCACUAUCUUAUCCUGGGAACUCCUCCUCAGCUCUCACCCGACACCUUCAUGCAUCUCCCGGCAGCAAAAAGAUCGUCGGAGUUUUCUACAAAGCUAAUGAGUAUGCUUCUCUCAACCCCAAUUUCGUCGGCUGCGCGGAGAACGCUCUCGGCAUCCGCCAUUGGUUGGAGUCCCAGGGCCACCGCUACGUCGUCACUCAUGACAAAGACGGACCCGACUCCGAGCUGGAAAAGCAUAUUCCCGAUUUGCACGUGUUGAUCACCACUCCCUUCCACCCCGCCUACGUCACUGCGGAGAGGAUUAAGAAGGCGAAGAAUCUGCAGCUCUUGCUUACCGCCGGAAUAGGCUCGGAUCACAUAGAUCUCAAUGCAGCGGCGGCCGCCGGACUCACGGUGGCGGAGGUCACCGGAAGCAACGUCGUCUCAGUUGCUGAGGAUGAACUGAUGCGGAUCCUAAUCCUGGUCAGAAAUUUCCUGCCCGGACACCAUCAGGUCAUCAAUGGAGAAUGGGAUGUUUCCAAAAUCGCUUACAGAGCUUAUGAUCUGGAGGGGAAGACUGUGGGAACCAUAGGAGCAGGUCGGAUCGGACGGCGUUUGCUUCAAAGAUUGAAGCCUUUCAACUGCAAUCUUCUCUACCACGACCGUCUUAAGAUGGAUCCUGAAUUGGAGAAGGAGAUUGGUGCCCAUUUUGAGGAAGACCUAGAUGUGAUGCUGUCCAAAUGCGACAUUAUUGUCAUAAACACCCCUCUGACAGAUAAAACCAAGGGAAUGUUUGACAAGGAGAGGAUUGGGAAGAUGAAGAAGGGAGUUUUGGUGGUGAACAAUGCUCGGGGUGCAAUCAUGGACACUCAAGCCGUUGCUGAUGCUUGUUCCACUGGACACAUUGCGGGCUACAGCGGCGACGUUUGGUACCCACAGCCAGCUCCUAAGGACCAUCCGUGGAGAUACAUGCCAAAUCAAGCCAUGACCCCCCACAUUUCUGGAACAACCAUAGAUGCACAGCUGAGGUAUGCCGCGGGGACUAAGGACAUGCUAGAAAGGUAUUUCAAGGGUGAGGAUUUCCCUGCCCAGAAUUACAUUGUCAAGGACGGAGAACUGGCAAGCCAAUACCGCUAAAUUGCUUCCUCUUUGUUGGCUGUUUUUUCAAUCUGUAAUGAUGAAACUGCAUUUUCUUUUAACAUCUGUAAUAAUGUGAGAAGAACAUUUCUCUUUUAUGGGUUCUUUCCCGUACAUUGUGAUCCUGCACUAGCAGCAGCAAUAAGAAGCUAGGUAAUCC